AUGGCCGCCACAAACUGUCAACAUCGACCCGCCCUAUUUGAAAGACCCUUUAGAUCUGCCUACGACUUAAGGACUGUAGAAAUACUAGGUUGUGGGACUCGAGUACCUUGCUUCGUCACAUUAGGCAAUGAAGUUCCUGUAAUAUUAAAAUUUCGUGCUGAUUUUUCAUCAAGAAAAUUGGACCAAGACGUCGUGAUUAACAUUAACCAUGUCAACUUAAAAACUCCGGUGACCCCAGAAUUGUGCGAGGUCGCAAGCUGUUUAGUAAGCGUUGAUUCCAUGACGUCUUACACGAGUGUUAUGUCAGUGCCUAACAACAUGGCUUUAAAUCAACGCGGAUUUUUAAGAUGGAGCGUCUUCAAUGAAGAUAAUUUACUCGUGCUCUGCUAUUCUGUGCUAGUCCAGACACAAAGCCCGUUACAAAAAUUUCUUCGACAACUAUUANCAAAAACUCUGUACGUAGUUUUGGACAAAAACUCAUCAGCCUUGACAGAUCAAGUUACUUUUAGGUAUUAA